UAGCCUCGGCAUUGUUAUUUCGUGUAUCCUUAGCACAAAAUAAUGGUUCGGAUACCAUUUUGAACAGAAUACGGUUAAAUAUACAGCAGAAAAAAAGUAGUAUUCAACUUUUUUGAAAUAUCAUGAACGCAUUUGUCAACCUCGUUCCCAAGGCUUUUCUUCCAUACCUUUAAAAAUAAAAAACGCCUGGGAACUAUGUUUCAUAGAAGCUGUUAUUUGAUUGGUAUCACUUUUGACGGGUUUAAGAAUGUAUUUAUCGUUUCUUUAGGUCACUUUCAAGUGAGUAUAUCAUGUUGAUGUUGGCACAGGCUUUAGUUUCAGUAUUUUGUUUCCAGCUUGCAUCCCCUGCAAAUACAGGCCCUGCGUGGAAAAAACAAGAAAUAUCAUGUCCUGAUAACUGUCCUCCAUCUUGCGCUCCGUAUUGUCUUUCUGAAUGUUGUUCUCCUGCACCCUACUCUAUACCUCCACCACCACCACCUCCACAGACGUACUACUAUCCACCAGCUCCACAGGGCCUUCCCGGACCACAGGGAUUGGAGGGUCCACAAGGACCAGAUGGUCCCCCAGGAGAGCCUGGACCGGCAGGAGAGCCUGGUGUUGUUGGUCCGCCAGGUCCUCCCGGUGCACCUGCUGGGUCACAAGGAGAAGAUGGACCACAAGGUGCAACAGGAGCCCCUGGAUUUUCAGGUCCGCCUGGGCCUCCUGGUCCUGUCGGAGAGACUGGGGCAGUGGGGAGGCCUGGUCCACCAGCUCCACCACCGCCUCCCCCAGCGUUCUGUCCAAAUUUAUGUGCAGUCGAAUGUACAAACCACUGUCACCCCACCUGUUGUGUGGUUACAUCAUAAAAGCAUUUCUGACAUUAAAAGCAAAAAAUGCAAACUCGAUGCGAAGAAAAUAACUACGUAUUGGUGUUAGGAGACAUGGUUAAAGACCUGGUGGAAACACGUGUUCUUACAUUCAUUUUAUGCAUUAUAUGUGCAAUGUCGAAAUUCGAAAAAGAAGUGUAAAUAUGCUCACUAGAAAUUUUGUAUCAAUUUAAUACCAAAACUGUAUAUAUGUACACUCAAGGAUAGAUAAGAUUCUACCUCGUUAUAAAUGGCAAAUAGGAGACGAGGUUGACAAAACUGUAAAUUCUUUAACGGCAAAAAAAAAAAAAGAUAUGCUUUUUUUUUCUUGCGUUGUCUAUUCCAGUUUGCAGUCAACGAAACCUAAUUUGUACACAUUUGCGAAAAAAAUAUUUGCCUCGUAAAAUUAUGUACAGAAAUUAUGUGUGCAAAUUAAUGUGCAGGAAGGUAUACUUCCUUCCAAAAAAAUUACUUUUUCUCAAGUUUUUUUUUCACGAUUUGCGUUAACAGUUACAAACAGAACUUACCUGUUUACAUAAAAGAAACGAUAUAUUUUGGUAAAAGUUCUGAAAUUUUACUUUUAUUCCUUGUCUUUUAUUUAACUUGCAUGAAAUUUAUUACGCGCGGAAUAGAUUGUUGGAGGUGCGAAAAUAAAUACGCAAAAAUAAUUUGCAGGAAGCGGUAGUCAACUACAUGGCAUUGAGUUACACAGCUUUUCAAUACUUAGCUGAAUCUUCCAGCGUUUGGUGUACGGGCAUGCGCAUUAGAGAUCUUUUGGCCGGCCACGACGUCUGUAUUUCCGCAACCUUGAAAGUAAGACGAGCCCACCAAGUGUAAAUUUUCUAAAACGCUACAGUCUUAAAUAUAAUAGAAAUUGAGCAUACAGAACGCCGUCGUUUGAACGAUGGACUGCGGUUCAACAGCAUG